GUCCUAGUCUGUGAAAUGGAGUGGCUUAUAUUUGGCACCCUUUACCCUGCGUAUUAUUCCUACAAGGCUGUGAAAUCAAAGGACAUUAAAGAAUAUGUCAAAUGGAUGAUGUACUGGAUUAUAUUUGCACUUUUCACCACAGCAGAGACGUUCACUGACAUCUUCCUUUGCUGGUUUCCAUUCUAUUAUGAACUAAAAAUAGCAUUUGUAGCCUGGCUGCUGUCUCCCUACACAAAAGGUUCCAGCCUCCUCUACAGGAAGUUUGUGCAUCCCACGCUGUCUUCAAAAGAAAAGGAAAUUGAUGAUUGCCUGGUCCAAGCAAAAGACCGGAGUUAUGACGCCCUUGUGCACUUCGGGAAGCGAGGCUUGAACGUGGCAGCCACCGCGGCAGUGAUGGCUGCUUCCAAGGGACAGGGUGCCUUAUCGGAGAGACUCCGGAGCUUCAGCAUGCAGGACCUCACCACCAUCAGGGGAGACGGCACCCCUGCUCCCCCGGGCCCCCCACCCCCAGGGCCCGGGCGGGCCAGCGGCAAACACGGCCAGCCUAAGAUGUCCAGGAGUGCUUCUGAGAGCGCUGGCAGCUCAGGCACCGCCUAGAAUCCUUCGAUCUCGCUUCAGGAAGAAAAGUACCUCAUCCUCGGCCACUGAAACCACGUGAGUGAGAUGAGCCAACAGCACCGGAUCCACAGAAUGUUCCUCCUCUGCCUUAAAGAGCUAUUUAUUCACUAAUAACAUAGAAACCCGCGAGCUGGUGUGCUGAGUGCGCAGCCUCGGACAUGGCCUUUUCUCUCUCCCCUCUGCCGCUUUGAAGAGUUUUUCCCCCCUCUUUCCUUUUCUUCAUUUUGCUGGGGAGAGGCUAAAGGGAAAGGUAGUGUGCGGGGGGUGUGAUCUUUGUCUUCUGAGGUUAGUAAUUUUCCACAAUUGGAUUGUCAUUGCAGACAGCAGUGUUUUUAGAAAUAGAAGAGAACCCCCCUGCACUGCUGAGAUGUACAUUUGUAAUUUAUUUGUUGCAUACUUCGUUUUCAAUCCUGUAUAUGCAAACAAAGCAAUUUUUUAAACCUUUUUUUUGUUCUUGGUACUAAUACUUUGGACUAUGAUGUACAUAUUUAUGGCUUUUGGCUUAAUAUAGUGGGCUUGCCAGGGCUGCCAGAGGUUCUGAUGUGUAAGAAAAUGGCAAAAACAGACGUGUGAAAAAUUAUUUUGAUUCUAGAGAAUGUCUCAGAUGUGCUUAUAAGCUUCCAAACACAACUCCAGUGAAACAUCCCUUUUCCUGCAGGGCGAUGGUCCAUGUUCUCCAGACAGUCAAUAUACCAGAGAAGUUUAGGAUGAAGAGAUAAGAUUUUAGUACCAGAGGUGAGUGGAAUGAGGUCAGGGGAACAGCCUAGAAGACGAGAAAAGCCACAGGAAGCUUAUCUCCCCUGUGGACCCAGGAUCAGGAGCUUGUGAACCCUUCUGGGGGACUUACUGUCGCCGGAGGCAGGUGGCUCACCCUCGGGAGUGCAGACUCACAAGCUGUUGCGAGGAAUCCUUUUGAGUGUUUCAAAAGUGCUUGACAAGUGACUGUUUCUCCUUCAUAGGACCCAGGGCUGUGACCGAUUUCCCCAGGUAGAGGAGCCUACAGUUGGAGCGCUUUGUUUUAGAGAACACUAAGCAAAAAUCAGCCAAUCAGUCCGAACAGAACCAAACUUAGCAGCGUGCU